AUGAGUCAUUCCAACUCCCAGCCUCGCCGGCGGGAGCCUCGCGACCUAUCCCCCGUUGAGUCGUCUUCCGAUGAGCUCGCCGCAGGCUCCGAGCACGAUGAAGCUGAACGCCGCCGAGCUAGCUGGACUUUGCAGAAGGGCUUCACUCCUCAACGACCAAAAAAAUCCGGCCGUCACUAUAGCGAUUCCGAGAGCCCCGAUGAACUAGCUGUUGAUGCUGGCGAAUAUUGGCGUUCCUCGCGCAAACACAACCGUCAUCGAAGCCCUUCACCCAUAAUCCGCACCAGCAGUCGUGACGGUUCCCAAUGCGGGUCAGAUGGCACUAUCCGUGAUAGUUCGGGUCCACGCGAUCAGGCUUGCGAUGCCGACGAUUGGUCCGCUCGCUCCUCUACUCCCCUUCCUCCACCGCCGCCUCCUCCGCCCGACCAUCUAAAUUAUAAGCAAAAGUUUGUCCUGCAUGGGCAUCUGCGCAGUGUGUCUCAAGUUCAAUUCUCACCGGACUGUACUAUGAUAGCCAGUGCUGGUGCUGAUGCGGCAAUAAAGGUUUGGGACACUGCCAGCGGCAGACUCAUUCAUACUUUCGAGGGACAUCUUGCUGGUAUCUCGACUCUUGCUUGGGCACCUGGAGGCGAAUGGAUUGCCACGGGUUCUGACGAUAAGACUAUUCGUUUUUGGAAUGUGAACACUCUUAAAGCACACCCCAAGAUCUUCGAUGGCCACCACAACUACGUCUACCAAAUCGCCUUUGCACCGAAGGGUAACAUCCUUGUUAGUGGUUCCUACGAUGAGGCCGUGUUCAUGUGGGAUGUGCGCAGAGCCCGCGUGAUGCGUUCCCUACCAGCUCAUUCUGAUCCAGUCGCCGGUAUUGAUGUUGUGCAUGACGGAACUCUUAUUGCAUCAUGCGCCUUGGAUGGCCUAAUCCGUAUCUGGGACACCCACAGCGGCCAGUGUUUACGCACCCUGGUCAUGGAAGACAACCCGCCAGCGACUUGUGUGAAGUUCUCCCCUAACGGCAAAUAUGUCUUGGCUUGGACCCUGGAUGGCUGUAUUCGGAUGUGGAAUUACGUCGAGAGCCGCGUUCUCAAAACCUUCCAGGGCCAUGUCAAUACCAAAUACAGCUUGUCUGGAUCAUUUGGUCUUUAUGGGUCCCCGGAUACGAACUAUGGCACACCUCCGUGUUUUGCCGUGAGUGGCAGUGAGGAUGGAGCCAUCGUGUUCUGGGACAUUGUGAGCAAAAAGAUCCUGCAACGCCUCGAAGGUCAUGAGAAUACUGUGCUAUCUGUUCAUACGGGUAAAUUGAAUGGAAAGCGCUUGGUAGUGAGCUGCGGGGAUGAUAAGACCGUUCGCCUGUGGGAGGAGGUAGACGAAAACUCCACUGAGGAAAACGAUGAUUCUACCCCUACCCCCGAGUCGCAUGGAAAUCACGACACUCCUAUGAAUGAUGCAGAUGGCGACAAUGCUAUGGCUGAUGCUGAUGCUGACGCAUCUGCUGUGCCCUCUACUGCCGCCACCCCGGCUGAGGAUGUGACAAUGACAUGA